CGACAGCACAUGUAGAGUUAGUUACUCUCUGAGUUGGACACUGACAGUGACAAACUAAGACACAAACACAUCCACAGAUACGAAACCUCUGGGACACUGGGAUGUCCCUGCUCUGAGACAUUUAGGGAUUUACCAUCGCUUCACUGCCAAACAAGCAUAUAUCCUCCCAGCGCAACCAUGCCAGUCCUUAAGAACCUCCCGUCUCGCCUGAAGGGAGGCAGGUUCAGCGUGGAUUUGUCGACUACACGUAGUGAGUUCAUUCUCAGAAAAAUGAGUCUUAACCUCAAUCCAUUUGAGGAGCCUGGCUCAGAUGAGGACUGGCCCAGAAGCAACGGAGGCUCACUUCUGGAUGGGCGUGUGCCCCGGGACAGAAACCUGUUUGAGGAUGAGGAGGGUGAAAAUGAGGCUAAUGAGGUGCGGCGUGGAAGAUCAGGGAAGGGAGGCUCCAUCAAAAGCACCCUGGAACGCAUGAAAGGGGUCUCUCCCCUCAAGACCCUAGGAAAACUGGGCAAGAACUUGCGCAUGUCUGGCAGGAGCAAGGGAAAGGACGCCCCCUCCCCACAGGGCUCUAUAGGUUCAGCCUCACCCAUGCAGAGGAAGAAGAAGGGCCGACGGAGUUCAGAAGGGAGCUUGCUACGAAUGGCCGGAAAGUGCAAGGAGAGCUUGACCAAUGGUGACCUGUGCUCAGAAACUGAUCCUGACUCCACCAGUCGACUCUCCUUCCUGAAGAUGGUGGGCAAGGGCAAAAUGAAGAGGGAGUCCAUGCAGGACCACUCAUCUCAGGGGCCUGAGAAGGAGCCGGUGGAGGAGGUGCCUGAGGUCAAACCCAGGGAGCCACUUUCAGUAUUGGAGAUCCUGCAGUUGGUGACGAAAAGAGAUUUGUUUUUGGCUGACACUCACAUUCUGGAGCUGGAGCAGGAGUGUAGGGAGGCCGAAUCCCUGACGGCAGGGGGCACUGAGGAUUUCAGCAGCCCCAGCAGCAAAGACAGCAGUCGGCGCAAAGCCAAAGAUGUGGAGCUGCUGUACGAGGCCCUGCAGAAAGAGCUGUGGGAUGUGGUGAGGGAGUCUCUGCGUAGCCCCACCGCCGGGCCCAACCUGGGCCUGGUGGUGCAGGUGCUUCAGCAGGAGGAGCAAGCCGAUCGGGACUGGGCUCAGAGUGAAGGAGCCGCUCCAGGAGGCCCGCGGCCGAGGGAGUUCAAGAAACGCUGGAGGGAGGCGGUGGUCGAGUUGGCAGAUGCAAACUUACCCCAGCAUGAAGAAGCACGGGCGGGCGAGCUCGCAGCCUAUCUGGAUAAGCUAAGAGUGCGUAUGGUGGAGGACCUCGGAGCGGCUCGGCGUAACGUGGUGUCUGUAUAUCCUGUGGAAUAUGACUCCUUCCAAGUGUACACACAGAGCUACCAUCAGGCUGUUACCCGUCGUCUGCAGGCUAUCACUAAUGGGGAUCUGCAGAUCACUGAUAUAUACUCUUUGCUAGACUGGCUCUACAACAUUUACAAUAGAGAUGUCCUUGGAACAGUCACCAUAACAACACCCAUUAACCUCUCGCAGCUCGGCCCACUGCUGCCAGCGGAGACGGUGGAAAAACUCGAGCUUGACUGCCUCAACUCAGUCAGGGGGAAAGUGACCAAUGAGCUGUCUCAGGUUUUGGAGGAGGAGGAAAAGAGAUGGCUGGACACCCUGAACGUCGAGGAGUAUCAGUUACCCCUGGCUCGCACUGUUAUUCAGAGGCUACAAGAAGACUUUGAGAGAUCUGCAGCCGUAAACAGAGAUUUGGGUUCACGGGUUGCUCAAUGCAGUCUCAACGGACUGGCAGAUUUCCUGUACAGUUUUCAGAGAAAGGUGGAGAUGUUCCAUGAGAUGCUCGUAAACAGCUGUGAGGUAAAUGAAGACGGUUACAUCGCUAAAACCAUCGCUCUUGUCAACUGCUGUCCAACGUUCAGGAGCUUUGUGGAGCGUUGUGGCCAGUGUGACCCCUCAACCAGCGAGUACUCGAAUCGUAGAGCCAACACAGCUCUGGACAGAAUAGUCAGCUUGAGUGUGCGAGUGCUAAACGACAGACUUUUUGAACAUAUCAGGCCCUUAUUUGAUAAGCUGAUUAAACGGAAAUGGCUGAGCAACACUGAGCCUUUUGAGCAAAUCGAGGCGCUCAUAAAAGAGCACUUCAAGAAGUUUCGCAGGAUGGACAAUCCACCUUAUGAGGUCCUGGUGAUGGAGGUGCACCGGCGUGUGAUGACUGAAUAUGUGCGGGCCAUCAUGAGGGGCAGAAUCAUCUGCACAUCACUCAAAAUGAGGAAGAGAAUGGCUGGACGCCUUCGUGAUGAAGGAAAGCACCUAAAAACCCUCUUCAAAGAGCUGGAAUCCUCCGCCUCAUGGCUCGACAGCGCUAUUCCUCACUUAUCAGAGAUCAUUGUCUUGGAAGACACUCCCUCCAUUCAAAUGGAAGUUGGCGUCCUGGUACGGGAAUUCCCUGACAUACGGAGGAAGCAUGUUUCUGCCAUACUCAAUAUCCGUGGGAUGACCCGACAAACAGAAAGGCAGGAGAUCUUGAAUAUUGUGAAAGACAUCGAGAACAGCGACAGCGUCAUGCGGGUGUCCCGGGACAGGGCUCUCUUUGCUGAGGUGCCGGUGACGUCAGAAGUACACUGUCUAAAUGUAGGCCUGAGCCGCGUGGCCCUCACCGCCUCGUCCCUCUUCUCCAGCAUGCGGUUCCGGCGCAGAAGGACUCCAACCAGGGAAAACCAGGAUGACAUGCUGUAAUCCAUCUCAAAUGGAUGCUCGAGUCACCCAGCACUCAUAGAGCACCGGAGCCCAGCAGCACAGCAUUUGUUUCUAAAGUGUUUGCAUGUGCCAUUGUCACAUCGUAAGGACAAGUAAGGACAUCUUACAGAUGCUCAGGAUUGCAGGUUCUCUGAGAAAACUGAAAAAAAAUGACACUACAGUUGGUAUCACUACAACUGUUUUUGCACAACUAACAUUGCAAAGGCUUGUGUGAAAUACAGUGGCACCAAAAAUAUUUUGGCACUUUUAAAAAUGUAUGAAUGUCUUUAGAUUAUAUAACAAAAUAUCAAACCAAGUGGCAUU